AUCCCAAGUUUUGAGGUUUUUAAAAGCUUCCCAGGCAAUCCUAGUGUGCCCAGGAUUGAGAACCACUGCCCAAGGGGUAUGGCCCCCUCUACACUAGAAGCUCCCAUCCCAGAGCAGACACAAGGACAAAGACUAGCAGAGCCCCAGGACUGGGGAGUGCCCACUGCUGGGACGGAGAGAGCCGUGCGGCAGGAAGCCCCCAGCUCAGCGCCUGUGACACACAGACGGCAGCCUGGCCUCUGUGACUUCAGUCCUGAGCUGAAGUUCAUGCAAAGACUGUUCUUUCCCACUAAAGGAACAGUACAGGGGACAGAGGUACUGAAGGAGCUGGAACCACACAUCAGGCUAAGGUGGCAGUGAGGGACAGAGUUGUCUGGGGUGACCAGGACUGCCUUUCUCAAUAUCAUGACUUCACUGACAGAAAUGGAUUGUGGAAAAUAUAGUUCAAGAACACAAACAGGAAAAACUAAAAGCCCACUGUGUAGGACCUACUUUUAUCACCUGAUACUUGCCCUUAAUUUUUAGCAGCUGUAUGAUGUGAUCUGUCUAGUAUAACUAAUCCCCCUAAUUUUUUUGAAAUAAUGACAUGGGGUGAAUAUCCUGAGUCGGAUUUUAGCAGAGAUCUGCACACAGUGUGAACCUCUGGUGUGUGAAGGGGUGUCUGUGGCCAGAGCAGAAGGGUCCCAAAAAGCCCUCUUACUCAGAAGCAACUUCUCCCGGUUUAAGAUGUUUACAAGGGGAACGGCCUGCAGGCUAAUGGGCAGAGAACAAAGGAGCUCCUAAGUGAAGACAGGCCAAGAGGGUAGCAAGAAAGUGCUUGAGCUGAAGAUAUUUACAGAUGUGAUCUCUACUCUUGAGGAUUCUUGGAAAAUGGGAAAGGUGCCAACAGACAGAAUGUCCAGACCUUCAGAAGAAAAGGGCAAGCCCCAGGAAUUAGAGAUGGAACUGGCCCUGAGGCCCACCUGCCACAGCAGUUAGGUCAGGUGUGUGAGCAUCUAGGAGAGGAUGCACGGCCCUCCCUGUGGUUUUGCUGAGGCCCGUCUCAGCGAUGCUGGGCGCUUGCUUUGGCAGGUGGACUUCCUGAGCCUGCUGUGGGCAUAGAGCUGCUCACCACCCUGUGGGCUGGAGGGACGGGAAGUUGGAAUGCCAGUCUUACCCGAAUCUCUCCUACUCAGGAUGCCCCCCUCCCUACCCCCAACCUUCAUCUUCUCAAUGAGAAGCAGGACAGCACAGAGGGGCAGAUCUCCCCCAGCCCACACACUCAAGCCCACAUCCCCUUCCCAGCCUCCAUGCCCUCCUGUAAAAUGGGAGUUCUGGGGCUUCCAGGAGAGGCUGCAUGGCUGUGGUUAACAGGCACCUGGCAAGUGGGAGCCCUGGAGAAUUACAGCACGGUGAUUACUGAGGCCUGGAGGCAGCACGGCCUGUGCCCAGUGAACAGGGCACACUCCACACUGCCCUGUGUGGACUCCCUGGCAGGCAGCUCUGUGGCCUUUGUUUAGUCGUGGCCCAGGGCCAAGUACUGCAGCUGACCUGCAGCUCCUCCUCCACUUCCUGCUUUCUCCCUGCUCCUCCCCCUGCCUGGGUCAGCACAAAAAGCUGAUUGCAAGCAAAUCCUGACCUAGUACAGAGCAGAAAUGGUUGCAAGUGGCCGAGGUCUCAGCAGGGCCAUGGGAGCCCUUCCCUUCCCUGCGUGGAGGCGAGCACACUGGGAAGCCAGGGGACGCCUGAAGCCCGCGUACGAUGCAGUGGUGAUAGGAGCAGGACACAACGGGCUGGUGGCUGCGGCAUACCUGCAGAGACUGGGGGUGAACACAGCAGUCUUCGAGAGACGCCAUGUGAUCGGGGGUGCGGCUGUCACGGAGGAGAUCACCCCAGGGUUCAAGUUCUCCCGCGCGUCCUACCUCCUCAGCCUGCUGCGGCCGCAGAUUUACACCGAUCUGGAGCUGAAGAAACAUGGGCUGAGGAUUCAUCUCCGAAACCCCUACUCCUUCACCCCCAUGCUGGAAGAAGGCACAGGGAGCAGGCUGCCCAGGUCCCUUCUCCUGGGCACAGACAUGGCAGAAAACCAGAAGCAGAUUGCCCAGUUCUCACAGGAGGAUGCCCAGGCCUUUCCCAAAUAUGAAGCAUUCAUGAAUCGUUUAGCAUCAGCCAUUGACCCUCUGCUGGACGCAGCCCCUGUGGACAUGGAAGCCUUCCAGAGGGGCUCCCUGCUGCAAAGGCUCAAGUCACUCUCCACCCUCAAACCCCUGCUGCAGGCAGGCCGCAUCCUGGGAGCCCAGCUGCCGCAGUAUUACCAGGUCCUCGCAGCCCCAAUUGCCAAGGUGCUGGAUCAGUGGUUUGAGUCUGAACCUCUAAAAGCCACUCUAGCAACGGAUGCUGUGAUUGGCGCCCUGACAAGUCCUCACACUCCGGGGAGCGGGUAUGUGCUGCUUCAUCACGUGAUGGGGGGCCUGGAGGGCCUGCAGGGGGCCUGGGGCUACGUCCAGGGAGGCAUGGGUGCCCUCUCUGAUGCCAUUGCAAGCUCAGCCACUGCACAUGGAGCAAGCAUCUUCACUGAAAAGACGGUGGCUAAGUUACACGUGAGCAGUGGAGGGAAUGUCCAAGGAGUGGUGCUGCAAGAUGGCUCAGAGGUGAGGAGCAAAGUGGUGCUGUCUAACGCAUCUCCGCAGAUCACCUUUUUGAAGCUGACACCACAGGAGUGGCUUCCUGAGGAGUUCGUGGAAAGAAUCUCCCAGCUAGACACCCAGUCACCUGUUACCAAGAUCAAUGUGGCUGUCGACAGGCUGCCCAACUUCCUGGCAGCCCCCAAUGCUCCUGGGGGCCAGCCUCUGCCCCAUCACCAGUGCUCCAUCCACCUGAACUGUGAAGACACGCUCCUCCUCCAUCAGGCCUUCACAGAUGCCAUGAGUGGCUGGCCUUCCCGCAGGCCUAUGAUUGAGCUCUGCAUCCCUUCCUCGCUGGACCCCACCCUGGCUCCCCCUGGCUGCCAUGUCAUCUCCCUCUUCACUCAGUACACUCCCUACACGCUGGCUGGAGGCAAGGUCUGGGAUGAGCAGGAGAAAAACGCUUAUGCGGACAAAGUGUUCGACUGCAUCGAAGCCUAUGCCCCUGGCUUCAAGGCCUCCGUGGUGGGCAGAGACAUCCUCACACCGCCUGAUUUGGAGAGAAUCUUUGGACUUCCUGGAGGGAACAUAUUUCACUGCGCCAUGGCCCUGGACCAGCUCUACUUCGCCCGCCCUGUGCCCCUGCAUUCCAGCUACUGCUGCCCUCUCCCUGGCCUGUAUCUCUGCGGAAGUGGGGCCCAUCCAGGAGGAGGCGUCAUGGGAGCAGCUGGACGCAAUGCAGCCCACGUGGUCUUCCGGGACCUCAAGAUCAUGUGGAGCCGAACUGACUGAGACCCAGGCAGAAGAAUCCACCCUUGAAAUUUAAGUUCCCAUUGGGUCAGCUUCCCAGGACAGGAGUUGAGGCAGGCAAGUCCUCAAGCUCAAGCCACUAUUUUAGAAGAAAUACACAAAUUACAUUUGGUACUAGUUAACCUUGUAGCCAUGACGUCAUGAAAGAACUGGUUUGGUUUUUUUAAAAACAAUGUCCUAUAUAGUUUGCAUUUUUUCCUAUAUAUUACUAGAAUAAGUAAUAAUUACAUUUGACUGUGUGAUAAUAGGUGGGAUAAACUUGUCUGGGAUGCUCAGUAUUCCCACAUCAGCUCCAAACAAUCCAUUUGACCAGCAAGCAUCCCUUUCUCACUGCUGGGCCUCCACUACCAGCCAACUGGGGGACUGCUAGUGAGGCCCAAUCUACUGCUGUCACAUUCCUGGCAAACUGUAGGAAAAGAUCCGAUUCCCCAGAGGCCAUGGGCCUGAACAUUGGUUGGUAUCUCAAGCCAUCAAAACUGCCAGUCAGGCAAACAGCAAAGAUGAGUGCGAAGUGGGAAGGGCUGGGGGCCAUCUGGGUGCCACAUUCCUGACUAGAGUCUUCAACUUCCUACUUCCCAUGAGCUGUACCUGUCAUAUCACUAAAGCCUGUCAGUAUAAACUUAUGUUAUUCUAAAGUGAGCUGUGUUGUCCCUCUUAGAAAGA